AUGAUGAGCCGAUAUUGCAGGCUUUCACGCUCCGGCUGUGAUCCGGUAGACAAUCCUCGCAAUGUUCUUCUUUUGCGCUCAGAUAUACACUCGUCGUUUGAUGUCAAGCGAUUCGCAUUUAUACCUAAACCCGCGCGUGCGCCCGUCAACAACUCAGAACUCCCCCCAGACCUGUCCACGAACUAUGUGGUCCACUUGUUCAACUCUCCAGAGCCUUAUGAGCUUGCCGCUCUUUACCAUAACGUGAGCCUCCAGCCCAUAUCUGGUAUUGCUCCUGAAUAUCUCUUUGCGCGUUUCGCGUGGACCCUCUUCCAAUAUAUCCCCACGUUCCUUCAAGCAGGGGUACCCCGUCGGCUUGCAGUUGCCCUUGAAGAAUCACUCGAGGCUGGAAGCAACAUAACAUCGACUGCGAAGACUUGGAGUGCGGAGCAGUGCUGCUUAAUGCCUCUUCGUGCGAAGUCUCGAAGCUCUAGCCCGAGGAAACGCAAACCUGACGACCAGUACGGUGAGGAUGACGACGCAAUACUAGGAGCAAGGAUUAAGCGGCAUCGUAAUGAAGCAUCCAUACCAUCACUUGGAUCCUCACUUGAAUCAGAUAUCACGACUGAUGGGCCGUGGAACUCAGUAUCACCGGCGGAUUGGAGUCUGGGUACUGAUAUAUUUGAUGAGGAAGACUCGCGGGGUCGACCUUAUGAUCAAGCUAGGAAUCCAAAUGCACUACUUGGUUGCCACUCGGUAACAAAUUUCGGUGGUCCUCAGAGCCCAUAG